AUGGACAACAACAUGGAGAUCGAUACCGCGAGAUCGCCUGAGCCACACCACCUCUCCCCGACGAGCGAUCCGGGCUCCAUACCGACUCUGGAUGGCUGGAUCGAGAGCUUGAUGACGUGCAAGCAAUUAGCGGAGGAGGAUGUGCGGCGGCUGUGUGAUCGGGCCAGAGAAGUAUUGCAAGAAGAAUCCAACGUCCAGCCAGUGGUAUGUUUUGUUAUCGUCGCCGUCGCCGCCAUGGCCGUCCCCCCGCCGCUCGCACCCAAUUACUGUUACCGUUGCGGUAACCAGGCUGCUAUUAUGGAGAUCGAUGAGCAUUUGAAGUACACAUUUCUACAAUUUGACCCCUGCCCCCGAGCGGGCGAACCGAUGGUAUCGAGGCGCACACCCGACUACUUCCUGUGA